CUUUAUUUUUAAUUAUCCGGCGCUCCCCAGGUUCCCCUCAGCGCAAUCCGUCAGGUUUCAGCGCCGUUCGAAACACCACAAGCCCAAAGAUCGCACACCGGUCUGGAUGUGCUUCUAUUUCUGUUAACCUGGGAGGGAAUUGUGCAUAUUUGGUUGUUAAAGAGGUGGCUUAUUCUUGGGUUUUGGUGAGGGAAACGGGUUAUUCUUGGGUUUUGGUGAGGGAAACGGGUUAUUCUUGGGUUUUGGUGAGGAAAACGGGUUAUUCUUGGGUUUUGGUGAGGAAAACGGUUUAUUCUGGUUUUCCUCUUUUUGGCAGCAUUUAAAGCACGCUGGGGUUUAUUGUAUUCCUUGUGGAGAGAGAACUUUUUUUUAAAAAAAUGUAAAAUAAACCCAAAGUCCUGAAAACGGAAGAUUGAAUAUGGGGGAGGGGGAGUUGGGACACAGCAUCUUAUUCUUUAAUUCUUUCCUUUAAAAAAAUCACAGAAUUUCAAGCCUUUGCUCUGCCAGCAGAGUGAUAAAAUGUCAGCAGAGAGUUGCGUGGAUGGGAAAUAAGGGAACUGCUGCACGCCACGGGAUUUCUUCCACUUCCACUGCCUGCUGUCACCUCCCAACUCAGUUAUUGCAAAGGAGGGGGUCUUGCCCUGGCAUGGCCGUGUGCCCCCGUAGUGCCCCAUGACUUCAAGGUGGUCAUCCCAGAGUGAAUCCUGCUGGGUUCCCUCGUCAGAAAGAGGGAAGAGCGUGAGCGUGGUUUGCACCGCCGUGGCAAGGCAGGUUCGGUUGUCGAAUCUCUGGCUACGUGGAUAACGUGUAUCUGCUAUACAUGUGAAAUUAGCUCCACUGGCAGACCCAAGCAGAUGCUACUUUAGGAGACCCAUGGUGGGGUUAUUCCGUUUUGAGACCAGAUCUUCAGCUGCAGCAAACGAGCAUUGCCCAAAAGCAGUACAGCAGCAUUUGGAUCAGGUCUCCGAGCCAUCCUUCCACCCGCAAAGGUUAAAAAAUAAGACUGAAAGGGAGACAGCUCCUGUAGGAAGCUGCCACGAUGAGCCCAAACACAAGGAAAGCUCCAGGAUCUGAUCAGGCAUUGGUUGACUUUUUUUUUUUUUUCAACACAAGCAGUGAUUUAUCUUUUACUAAUACUUUAAAAAAUGAGCUCUCUCGAUAUUAGUCUCCCGUGAAGUCCCCAGUAACGCUGCCUUCCUCCUUGCUGAGCUCUGUGCAGCUUUUCUGUUCAAGCUCUGCCUACGUUUUCCUCCCAACCCACCCAUUUAUUGUUCUUGUGAGCAGCUGCAUUCGUGCUUCCUGCCACAAUGCCCUGAGUGAGUUUCUACUUCCCUUAAUUGUAUCUGCUCAGUUCCUCCUCUCUCCACUUUGAACUUUUAAGAAACUUCUACCAGGUAGCCUGUCGUGGAGACGUCUUUUUUUCUUCCUUAAUUUCCUCCAUGGCCUAGAAACGGGCACGUCUCUUAUUUUCUCUAUAUCAGCCAAGUUGGGCCAACCAGUUCUAUCCACCUGCAGGAAGAAGUUUCUAUAUUCAUCCCUUUUUUAUGUUGUAACAAAAAGUCUGGGUCCUGGCUGUGUGUGAUAUCAUCAGAAGUGAGAUGUGGAGGGGUAAACUGCAUGAGUAUUUAACUAGAAUUUAACUAAAAUUUAAGUGCAAAAAUGUACUUCUGAUUGCAGAUAUUUGAAUUUCUUUUAAUAUAUUUGUUUUGAAAGAUGGUGAUCUUUAGUGCCUCAGCAUAGUAAUGCAGUAGGUGCUGUGCUUUGUGUAUGUUUUGAAUAUUAACGUGCUUUAACACAACAUCGAAGAGCUGUAGUCACGGACUAGAACUCCCUUUUUAGAGGAUUUUUAAAAGGCAGAAUUUAGCCUUUGCUCUGCUCCUGCAAUUAAGUAUGAAAAGAAAGCAGGAGGUGGAAUUUAAUGAGGCUGUUCUGGCAGUGCAGCAUUGUAGAGAACAGGACAGACGAGGAGAUGCUGCUCUGUGCAACUUCUUAUUGGGAGGGUUUAGUAGAGAAGAUGGAGCCAGACUCGUCCCAUGGAUGCAUGGUGAGGGGACAAGAGGCAACGGGGACAAGCAGGAACGUGGGAAACCUUGGUUAGAUGGAAUUUUCUCUUUUUCACCAUGAGUGUGAUCGAUCACUGGAACAAGGGACCAGGGAGGCUGUGGGAUCAUUCUCGUUGGAGGUGCUCAAAACUCAGCUGGGUGAGGUUUUAAACAACCUGCUUUGAGCGUGGGGUUGGGCUCGAGACCUCUUCCAGCCUGAAUUCUUCUGAGAUCUUCUGCGAUAACAUGCAUGUAUCUUCACUGGUGUGACUCUCUUGUUUCUCACAACCCAGGGGAAUGACGAUGACCAGCCUUCUGCCUUCAGCAGGGGACGGAAACUGCUAUUACAUCCUGACAGAAGACUGUGCCUAUGGCAGCAAGUACUUCCAAGCUGGGAACAUGUGCUUCUGCAGCGAGAGAAGUUACCUGCGCAACUUCUCCGAUGACAGGCCCCCGGCUUGCUUCUUGAAAGUCAUCAUGCUGGAUGACAGCUCCACCGUCACGAUAAAUGUAGAAAUCCUUCAGCCUGUGCGCGAGGAGGCGGCUGUCUUCCUCCUGGCCAUCAGCAGUCACAACGAACGCUUGAACUACUUCUUGGAGAGGUUGAGCCUUGAAGCAGCUCUGCGGGCCGUGCCGGGCCAAAAAGUGAUGGUGGAGGUUGACCGGCAACAUCUCCCUGGUGUCAUCCGCUACAUCGGGAGCAUUUACAAAAACACUUCGGCUGUGCUGUCUCCGUUCUUCUUCGGGGUGGAGUUACAGGGUGAGGGAGAAAACAGAGGGCGCAGCGAUGGAUCUUAUCACGGCACUGAGUAUUUUAAGUGUAAGCGGAACUGCGGGAUCUUCCUGCCAUUUAGCAGAGUCCAGUUUACUCCCAUGCCGGACGAGGACUACGUGAAACAGAAGCCAAAACCGGACAUGGAGGAGGAGGUUCCUGUGAAAGUGGGAGAUGCUGUUAGCUUCUAUGUGGAUGAGGUCCUCACAAAAGGAAUAGCGAUGGCAGUUUACAGGGAAGGAACCCAAUGGUUCGUUAAAGUUUGUCCGGAAGAAGAAGGAACAACUGACAUUUUCAGAGAAAUCCCUAUGGACUCUGUUGUGAAGGAAAGCUUGCAAAGUUUAUUUUCACCGUUCGAGUCUGACAUGGGCUUGGGACACCCAAACCAAAUGAAACGAGAGAUAAGUGAGAGUGGUGAGGAGUGCGAAAGUGGGAAUUCAUCCCUGGAGGUGAACUCCAUGGUCCAGAUCACCUUGGACAAGGGAAACCAGGUUUCGGGAAUCAUCCGCUGGUUGGGCUACCUGCCCCAAAUUAAGCACAAAAUGGCAGGAGUUGAACUGGAUGAAGAUAAGGGGGUCACUGCUGGCGAAUGGCUGGGCAAACACUACUUCCACUGCGCUCCAAAGCGUGGCCUCUUCGUGAGGCUGCAGUCCUGCCAGCCCGAUGUUCGCUUCCAGUGUUCACACAACAGUGAGCUGAGCCUCAUGGAUUUUAGAGGGCAAGAAGUUCUUCCACAGACUCCAGACAGUUUUCCUCCCCUCAGGAACGAGGCAGCAGUGCGUGUCCUGCGAGGGCGGAUGAAGGGGAUCCAAGGCCAUUGUAAUUCCUGCUAUAUGGACGCAGCUCUCUUCAGCCUCUUCUCCUGUACGUCCGUGCUGGACUCCAUGCUCUUCAAGCCCUUCCCGCUGUGUGACAGGAACGUCCAGAGCAUUCUGAGGGAUGAGAUUGUUAAUCCCCUCCGAAAGACUGGCUUCGUCAGGGCUAGGAGUGUGAUGCACCUUAGGGAGCAGCUAACUGAAAAGGGCCAGUGUUCAAGUUUUACCAACGCUGAGAAAGAUCCUGAGGAAUUCCUCAAUCUCAUAAUGCAUCAGAUCCUGGGAAUAGAGCCACUCCUGAAACUGCAGUCAGGAGGCCAGAAGGAGCAAGACUGUUACUGUUACCAGAUAUUUAUGGACAAACAGGAGGAUCUGGUGGUUCCCGACGUGCAGCAGCUAGUGGAACACUCCUUCCUGUCCUCUGAUCUGAAGCUAGUGGAGAUCCCGUCUUGCUUCAUUAUCCAAAUGCCGCGGUUUGGGAAGGAAUAUAAAAUGUUCAGCAAAAUCAUUCCUUCGUUGGAGCUGGAUAUAACAGAUCUGCUGCUUGACAGUCCCAGGGAGUGCUGCAUGUGUGGCGACGUUGCCACCGUGGAGUGUUCAGAUUGUUUCAAGGACAAGGUAUUCGCAGCUACGGGCUUGAAGCAGUUCUGCAGUUCCUGCUCCAGACAGGUUCACUCCCACUACCGACGCAAAAUGCACAAGACAACUAGGCUGCACAUCCCAGAAGAGUUUCACAGCCGGAGCCCCCGGGGCAGCCAGCAGGUCCCUCGUGAGAAGAUGGAGCUCUUUGCAGUGCUCUGCAUCGAGACCAGUCAUUAUGUCUCCUUUGUGAAAUACGGCCCCGAGAACGAACACUGGAUGUUCUUCGACAGCAUGGCUGACAGGCAUGGUGAUGAAAACGGCUUCAACAUUCCCACGGUAACGCUGUGCCCUGAAGUUGCCAAAUACCUGGACUUGCCACUGGCUGUGCUGGCCCUGGAGCAACCUCGGGACAUGGAUGGAGUGGCCAAGCGGCUCUUCUGCGAUGCCUACAUGUACAUGUACCAGAGCAAGAAGAUGGCACUUUACAAAUGACACUGCCUUGGGCUGGUGCUGCAGAGCAGCGAGGCGUUGGAAACGUGAGCUUGGAUCAACUCUGCAGCUCGUAAUCGGCGAAAGCAGCCGAGUCUGGGCACACCAAGCUUGCGCUUCUGCCUCUUCUUACCUCUUCCAGUGUCUGGUAUCAAACUGUCCACGUCAGCCUGUCUGGGUUUGUUAAAUCCUGUACCUGGCCUUAUGGAGCGAUAGUUUGUACUUCCACCAGACCUGGACUCUGAAUUAUUUACACUCAAAUUCAUUCUCAUUUCCUACCUUCCCUUUCCACCCUCCUUCCUCCCCAGGCACUCCGCAGCUCUGCCCUACCUCAGAGUCCUCCCCAACAUCCUUUUCUCCCUUCCAGCCCUCCCCUCCAAAGCCGAGGACCAGCAUCUAAUCCAAACAUGACCAGAUAUCCUCAGGUUUGCAAAGAGCACAAGAAAACCACAGCCUCGCCCUCAUGUGGACUUGCGGAGUGAGAAAACCAGGAGGUGUGAGCUGCACCAGUGUGGUUAAGAGAGGGAUCAGGAUGAGGGUUUUUCUUGAGGUCUGGGAUGUGACCCCACACAUAAAGCUGGGUCCCUGAAUUGUCUGCACUUCCCUUAUCCAGCACUAAUACUCUGGUACUUUCACCCACUAUCCCUUAUUUUCAACCAUGAGAUUAACUGGGUGUCUUGAGCUGCAAAUAUGCUUUAAAAAUAUGUAUUUUUGUAAGAACGAAACUGGAAGAAAGAUGGAGCAGAGGAACAGCAUGUGAGCUCGUUAUGCUCCCUCUUUUUUGCAAAGUCUGCACUAUUGCUACAUGGUUGGGUGGUUUAACCUCACUUUUAGCACUUUCUGUCUCAUCGUUGCAUCCACUUCUGAGAUCUGUGCCAAAGCCCAAUAACAAUUCCAAGGGCAAAAAUGGAAAAAAAAUGAGCACUCUUGGAUUUUCUGCUGUGACUGCAGUAAGGUUUAGGGUCUCUGGUGGGAACUGGUAUUCCUUAAAUUAAAUAAAUUUGCAAAGUGGGGGUUCUCUGCCAUUAAACAUAUGCUGUUGUGGGAGCAGGAAGCUGUUACAGGAGUCAGUGCUAUGAACUGGGUUGCCCACAUUCCAGAUUGCACUGUCAGGACACCAAAACCUUGAGGAAUGCAUCCAGGAGCCCCAGAUGUGCAGCUGUAACCUUCCUCCUCCUCUUUUUUCCUCUUUAAUGCAGGGUGCAGUAAGUAAUAUGUAGCCUGUAGCUUUAUAUCAGUCCUGUCAGCUUGGGCCAUGCGCUACAUGUGGUUUAGGAUCUUUUUUUUGCUGACAGCAGGGUUGUGAUGCUAAUGGGGAUCUCAACAGCUUAAUGGCUGUAUUUGGCUUUCUGGUGUGUCCCUUAUUUCUCUAUGUGGUGGCUACAAAGGAUGGCUGGUGUGUAAUGACCCCAGAUGAUUGUUAACACAGUUAAUGUUUUGAGAGUAUUGCUGUCCAAUUCAGCUUCCAAAUGUCCUCGCUGAGCACUUGGGGCUCAACACCAAGUUGACCACAAGGCAGCAAUGUGUCUUCAUGGUAGAGAAGGCGAACAAUGGUUCUGGGCUGCACUCAAAGUGUUGCCAGUAGGUCAAAGGAGGGGAUCCUUCCCAUCUGCCUGGAGUACUGGAUCCAGUUUGAGCUUCCCGGUACAAGAGGGAUGAAGACGGUCCUGUCUA